GCGCAAAUGGAAAUCGAACAAUCGCCCCUGAAUGGGAUGGGAUUUACAUUUAGGAGGACAGGUAACAACAACAACCAAAAAAGUACAACGUCAAGACACACUUAUUCUAGCCUAUGAAGCCUCCUUACGAGUAAAAGUGAAAAUGGCCAGUGCGGCAGCAGUACAGACAGGAGCUUCAACGAUGGCGCCGGCAGAUGCCCUCCUAUGGCGCAAGCUGCCCGUCAGUCUGGCGGAGCUGUGCAUUGACACCACGCUCCGAUGUGGCCAAUCCUUCAGGUGGCUCAAGAUCCAAGAUGAAUGGCACUGUUCGCUCCAUGGGCGCGUGGUCUCGCUCAAGCAAGACGAGACUCAUCUGCACUACCGGGCCACCUGGCCGACGAGCAGGCAGCUCAAGCUGUCCCCAGCACCGCUCUCGCCUGAGGCUAUCAAGGAUGAGCAGGAGCAGGACGGCGAGGCCGAGAGCACCCCCACCACACCUCCCCCAGAAGCAACAGCAGCAGCAGACGACGACGGCACGGAGAGGCUGCUACUCAGCUACUUCAACAUGUCGCACUCGCUCGCCGGCCUGUACGCCGAGUGGUCCGGCAAGGACGCAAACUUCAGCCGCAAGGCGCCCAAGUUCGCGGGCGUGCGCAUCCUGAACCAGGACGCCUGGGAGACGCUCGUGGCCUUCAUCUGCAGCGCCAACAACAACAUCGCCCGCAUCUCCCAGAUGACCCACAAGCUCUGCGACCACUACGGCGGCGAGCCCAUCGCCAUGGUCGCGGGCCACGUCUUUCGCGACUUCCCCGCGCCGUCCGCCCUCGCCGCAGACGGAGUGGAGCAGAACCUGCGCCUGCUCGGCUUCGGCUACCGCGCCCGCUAUAUCGCCGAGACGGCCCGCAUGGUCACGGGCCAGCUGCCGCACGGCUGGCUGCGCGCCCUGCGCAACCCGGCCCUGCUUGGCUGGGGCAGUGACGGCGCCGAGGGGCAGGAGCAGCAGAAGCAGCGGCUGGUCAAGACCGAACAACCCGACGACGACGAGGUAGCAGCAGCAGCAGCAGCAGCAGCAGUAACCCCCGCCGAAGCGCCGACCUACCGCGCCGCCCACGUGGCGCUCCUCUCGCUCUCGGGCGUCGGCCCAAAGGUGUCGGACUGCGUGUGCCUCAUGGGCCUGGGCUGGGGCGAGUCGGUGCCCAUAGACACGCACAUGUGGACCAUCGCCACGCGCGACUACGGCUUCGGCAAGAAGGCGCCCGGCGGCUCCGGCGGCAGUGGCAAGGGCGCCGCCAUGUCAAAGGCCAUGUACGACGCCGUCGGCGAGCACUUCCGCGCCCUCUGGGGCCCCCAGGCCGGCUGGGCCCAGAGCGUCCUGUUCACCGCCAACCUACGCGCCUUCUCCGACCGCCUCAAGCCCGAGAAGGGUGAGGGCAAGGGCAAAGGCAAGGGUAAAGGAAAGGGCAAAGAUGAUGAUGGCGAUGCGGUCAAGACUGAGAUCGAAACCAAAGUCAAGACCGAGCUCUUGGUUUCUACAGAGCAAGUAACCCCAAAGCCGAGGAAGCGCAAGGCCAGGACAGACGCAGAAGUAUCUAGUGUCAAGGCCGAGAUUAUAAGUGAAACAACCACAUUGUCUGUGCGGAGGAGUAAGAGGAUACGGUCGGCGGCUUGAAGGGAACAAUAUAUAAAAGAGGAAAAGAAGAACAAACAAAAAAAGCACAAAGAUGGGACGGAGUAAUUUACUAUAAAAGGGGAUGUCUGAAUCGUUCAGGGAUAUAUACACCUGGGAAUCUAUCUGGUGUUGGGGCGCGGUGAAUAUUCCCCAGCUACACUCACAACCGGACUACUGCCAUCCCGAUCUUUCCUGUGAUUUGACAGUUGCAUUAGUCUCUGUAUUGCAUCGGUAGCUCAUGGCGAAUUAUACUCCUAAUCUUAAUACGAACAUGAGAUAAGCUGG